UUUGUUUCCUUUUUCUGGAGCGGCAGUAUUCAGGUCGCCUACAAACAAAAAGGCAUUUACGUCAGUAGAUCUGCUAGCAAAUCAGCUAUAAAUUGCUACAGAUACCGUUUCCCUGUCCUCACACGCUCCCUGCGCUUUCCUUUCGUCCGCUCACAUCUUUUCGUUCUCUUUCUCCUCCGUCUCCCUCGAUAAAUUGCCCUCAAGCAUUCACUUGGACGGAGGCUGGAAUCUAAAAGUUUACAUCUUGCGGACAACUGAAUCUUUGUGUGAUAGAACAAAGCUAUCUCGCUGGUUUCGAGGAGAUGGAGGUGGCGGCAAACGGGAGAAACGCGGUGGUUUGCCCCAAGCCGCGGUGGAUCAACCCGAACCGGCCAUGGCAAACACGUAAUCAGGCAAAACCUUCUGCGCUUUCUGAUAUUUUCCUUUCAGAGGACGGGGAAGCUAAUCAAAUGUCAUCGUCGUCACCACCAUUCUUCGCUGGAUCUCCACCGGUGCGAUCCACAAACCCACUGAUCCAUGACGCCUGCUUCGGCGACGACAAGCUGGUGCUUCCUUUCCUCCUACAUCCUGCGCCGCCUUCGGUGGCUUUGGAGGCGCCCGCCAAGUUCCGUCUCCAGCCUGCCGCCAUGAGAGUCGAGGGCUUCGAGUGCCUCGAUCGAGACCGAAGAAGAGGCCAUGGCAUCGCCGCCAUUGCCUGAAGGAUCCUCCAAAACACCAUGAGCUCCUCGAGUCAUCUAUCGAGACCCUAGUUACUGUACAUAUCGUCGUCUUAAAGUUCUCCUUUUUGAGUGGAUGGAAUAAGGGAAGAGUGAGUGCGAGACAAUCUUUUCCUCCUCUUCUCCAUCUCUUUUCUUCUUGUUGUAUAUUUUUGGAGUCUUGUCGGUAGGAGAUGAGUCAAUGAUGUCUUGGUUUUGGGUUCGUUGGAGUUAGAUAUUGGAGGUUUGUGGAUCGGGAAAGAACCAAAAAGAUUCUUUUUUGUGUCAUAAGAUUUGUAUUACGUAUCUGUGCAAUCCAGUGUCCUUCGUGGCUUUGUUCUUCCAUGUUUGUGAU